GAGUAGUUUUAACCCCAGGGUUGAUUGGAGGCUCCGGCUUAUCCGCUUCGUCGGGGAGAGCAGUGCUAGGGUUGCGCGAUUCGCAGGGCGGGGAUUGUUUCUCACGAAUUCGGGGAUCGUCUCUAUCGCGGCGCCAUGGCGUCGGCUCCAGCAGAAAAGGCCGCGGAUGACAAGAAAUCCGAGUCCUCCUCAUCGCAGGCGGAUUUCAACGCUUUCGACAUGUCGGCGAUGACGAGCUUGUUGAAUGAUCCAAGCAUCAAAGACAUGGCGGAGCAAAUUGCCAAGGAUCCGGCAUUCAAUCGCAUGGCACAGCAACUAUCCGAGAGCGUCCAGACCGCCGGAGACGGUGUUCCACAGCUCGACACGAAUCAAUACUUCCAGGCAAUGCAGCAAGUUAUGCAAAACCCACAGUUCAUGAGCAUGGCGGAGCGCCUUGGCAAUGCUCUCAUGCAGGAUCCAUCCAUGGCAGCAAUGCUCCAGAACAUGACUAAUCCAGCUCAUAAGGAGCAACUCGAGGCACGCAUGUCGCAAAUCAGAGAGGAUCCCGCUUUGAAGCCAGUUCUCGACGAGAUCGAGCAAGGAGGCCCAGCAGCUAUGAUGAAGUACUGGAAUGAUCCCGAUGUUCUUAACAAGCUAGGACGGGCAAUGGGAGUAGGGGGUCCGCAGCACUUUGGCUUGCCAAGGGAGGAAGUCGAAGAAGCGGAAGCCGAGGGCGAGGAAGAGGAGGAACUGACCCUUCAUCACACCGCUAGCACUGGCGACAUUGAGGGGUUGAAAGUUCUUCUAGCAGACGGUGCAAACAAGGAUGAGAAAGACUCGGAAGGGAGAACAGCACUUCAUUUUGCUUGUGGAUACGGAGAGUUGAAAUGCGCGGAAGCUCUUCUCGAGGCUGGGGCGUUCGUGGACUCGGUGGACAAGAACAACAACACUCCAUUGCAUUACGCUGGUGGCUACGGCCGGAAGGAAUGCGUGGAGCUGCUAUUGAAGAACGGAGCGGCCGUGACUGUAAGAAACAUGGACAGCAAAACUCCAAUGGACGUUGCCAAGCUCAACAAUCAGGACGAGAUCGUCCAGCUCUUGCAAAACGACGUUUUCCUCUGAGAGAAAUCGGAAUCACAAGGCGAGAAGAACGAAUUCGUUGGGGAUUGUGUGAAAACUAUACUUGAAGGCGUAGAAGUUCCUGGUGUUGGAUUUUUUCCUCUUAUCAUUAUAGCUACAAAGAAAACCUUUUAAACUCCA